AUGGCUUCCGUCCAGCAGAAGAUCUUCCGCACGGCUAACGCCCCCACCGGCCCCGCCGACGAGGUCGAGACCGUUGUCGCUCAGGCUCUCAUCGACCUGGAGUCGAACGUUUCGGAGCUCAAGGCCGAGCUCCGCCCCCUCCAGAUCUCGUGCGCCAAGGAGAUCGAGGUCAAGGGUGGCAAGAAGGCCAUCGUCAUCUUCGUCCCCAUGCCCCAGCUCAAGGCUUUCCACAAGAUCCAGCAGCGGGAUCGCAUUCCAGCGUUGGCAGAGGAGGCAGUGGUGGCAGUUCGGGGAGAUGCAAAGCAGUACAGCAUGGACUACGAAGCAGGACAGGUCGCCAGACUGGAAUCUGGCUCGCAUGCCUUGGUGUGGCUGCCGCUGCUUUUACAGAUUACAUCCGGCGCAAAUACUGACCCUUGCUCCGGACGCUCGCUCCUAUUUCACAGUCUCACCCGUGAGCUCGAGAAGAAGUUCUCGGACCGCCACGUUGUGUUCGUCGGCCAGCGCCGCAUCCUUGGCAAGCCCAGCCGCAAGAACCGUAACCAGCAGCCCCGCCCCCACUCGCGCACGCUGACCGCUGUGCACGAGUCGAUCCUCGAGGACCUUGUCUACCCCUCGGAGAUCACUGGCAAGCGCACGCGCGUCGCCACCGACGGCAGCCGUCUCGUCAAGUGCUUCCUCGACUCGAAGGACGCCACCUCGCUCGAGUACAAGCUGGACAGCUUCUCGUCGAUUUACAAGAAGCUCACCGGCCGUGACGUCAGCUUCCAGUUCUCGUCGGACAACUAA